AGUUCAUGGGCAGCUGCAGUAUAAAUCCGGUUCCACUUUUAGCUGAUCAGGAAUGCAGGACGAGGUGACGGGCUGCCACAGCAUGCACAGAUAAGGCUGGCAUGCAGUCACACUGACAGUAAACACACACACAGAUAUCCAUUACUGUGGCACCAGCUCCCUGUCAUUAAUACUGUGUUUACUGUACCCGCUCUUCCAUACUGGUAUUGUCUGGAAGUCUCUAAAGGUUUAGCUCAGCGUACGCUGCCGCACUCCAUUGUGUUCAUUUUAAAGGGUACAAAGAUUGCUUUGCGCUUAGCCUUUUACCAUGUUUAAAAGUGCAGCCAUCGUUGCAUGGACACGCCGAGUUAUGAGUCUUCUUCAUGAGUGCAGGUUUAACUGAGCAAGCAAGCAAUCAUGGGUGUGCUGAGUAACAAGUAUCCACGGGUAUCCGUCGGCCAUACUGUCGAGAACGAGUAACACACCAGUACUACACAACAAAAAACAAUAGCUGCGGCUCAAAAGCAAGUUGGCAAAACUUGUAGGUAAUGUGUUACUGGAGUGAAAUAAAGGGAUUACUGGACUGCAGCAAACAGCAAUCUCUGAGGCAGGCCUCUGCCCUGAUGCCACUCGGAUACCCAUGUAAAGGGUUACACCAAGAUAACAAAGAGAUAACUAGGUCUUUGUGCCAGUGACAGCUGCCCAUUAAUCACAGGGUUAGCCAACACUCUCUUUGUUAGCAUGCGGAGAAGUGACUCAGAAGGGUACGCUGGUUAUAAAUGCAGAUCAAUUGAAAACAAUGCCUGAGCGCAGGUCUGCACAUCUGCUUGAAGCAUCUACUCGGGAUCGGCAAUAUUUGUUUUAUUCCCCUUUAAGGAUUUUUUUUGCAGUGACUUAAACACCUCAUCACACAUCAAGGGGUCUUCGAACCUGGUUAAAAUAAAUGACUGAAUUGAAAUUAAAAAUUAAAAAUAAUUCUGUCCAUGUGCUACCUUGCAACGCCCUGUAUCUUAGUACCAUGUUUGUAACAGUGUUGUAGUCCGUGUUUGUAAGUGAUAUUGGCCUCCUCUGUUUCUAUUGGCAUUGCAGGAACUAGACCCUUUAUAUGCAUUGCAAGCCUGUAUCGACUCAUAAGAAACACAUAAAACGCUAGAUGAAAGAAGGAUAAUCUUGCCUCACUUUGUCCCUUGCAAUCAGAGCUAUAAAGCAGUGGAUUCUGAGCAAGGGGAGCUCAUCUAAGCAGCAGAGUCGCAGUCGAGCUGCGUGUGGCUGCUGUUUCUCUGGGUACAGCUGCAGGUACGCACCUGGUUGGCCGAGUACAGGUAAACAAUACAACCCAGGGCGAUUCUCCCAGCGUGUUCAAAGGCUCUGAAAAAUAAAAAUCCAGCUGUGGCUCAGUUAAUCAAAUCAAAAGGAGGUCACUGGUUUGUUACGCGGAGCGCAGCGAGAUCCAUUUCACUAGAACACUCGCAGGUUGUAUUUCAGCACGUUGCGGGCUCACUUAUAUUUCACUAUAAUGACCUUUUUAUGAGUUGUGAUGAACAGCCACCAGCUGGUCUGGGCAGAUCUUUUCUGCCAGCUAUCUGCAACCCCCCCCAUAUCAUCUGUAACACUAUCCUCGGUGGGUGACCCCGGCUUCAGGUUCGAUAGAGUCUUUCUUCUCAGUCUAUAUUUGUCUCGAGAGCUGCUGCCGAUGCCUUGCGAUGCUCACAUUGUCACAGGCAGCCCUCAGACUUCUUUCUCUUUUUAUUUCUCUCGGCUCACUGCGGACUUUUAUAAGGGCGAGCUACCAGAGUGAAGAAGGAGGACAGACGGCAGGAACAGUGCGGCCUCUCCAGCAUGCUCCUGAGUGAGAUAGAUGAGUACAUACACCAAUCGAUAGUGAAAGGAAUCAACGCGCUGCCCCCAGAGGACAAGCUGCUCAAGUUCCUGGUGGACAACUCUGCAGACUGCGAAGAGACCGUCCAGUGUGCCAACUGUGACCUGGAGUGCAAGAAACAGCAGGAUGUGGAUGCAAUGUAUUAUUGCAACACUUGUAACCAGCCCCUGUGUGGCGCCUGCAGAGAGGACACCCACAAGGCCAAAAUGUUCUCCCGCCACGAGAUCGUGUCCCUGGCCAAGCGCACCAAGGAGAUCCACAAGAAGUGCUCCCUGCAUGAGGAGCUCUACAUCAUGUUCUCCACGGAGAAGAAGUCCAUGCUCUGCAUCAACUGCUUCAGAGACACGCAAGUGGAGAGCAGAGCGCACUGCAUUGAUAUUGAGACAGCGUAUAUGCAAGGCUGUGAAAAGCUGGACCAAGCCGUCCUGGCAGUGAAGGAGCUGCAGACGUCGGCUCGUGAAGCCAUCGUCCUGCUCAAAGCCAUGAUCGAGGAGGUGAGGGACAAUGUGGACGAGGAGGAGACUGCCAUCAGCACCCUCUUCAACAACAUGCAGGAGAAGCUGGCAGAGAGAAAGAAGAUCUUAUUGAAGGCUGCCCGAAGCCAGCACGAGGAGAAGGAGCGAGCGUUCAAGGAGCAGCUGUCUCACCUGGCCGCCCUGCUGCCCACCCUGCAGGUCCACCUGGUCUCCUGCUCUGCUUUCCUGAGCUCCGCCAACAAGUUUGAGUUCUUGGAUCUAGGCUAUCAACUGAUGGAGCGGCUAAAGAAAAUCGUGAAGCUUCCUCACAGGCUGAGACCAACACAGAGCUGCAAGAUCAACACGGAGUACCGCUCGGAGUUCGCUCGCUGUCUGGAGCCCCUGCUGCUGCUUUCUCAUCGCAGGUCUGUGUCGCUGACAGGAGGAGGGGGCGGAGCCUCAGGGAUCAGCAACGCCAGCGCACUGCUGCAGUCGCCCCUCUCCCUGACGGUCCCCUCCUCCAGCGACAUGUCCCUCUCCGCGGCCGUGGUCCGCAAGCCCACAGCGCACCGCUACAUCAGCACCAAGGUCCUGCUGGCCGAAGGAGACGAGACCCCCUUCACUGAGCACUGCCGCAGCUAUGAGAACAAGUACAGGACCCUUCAAGCAGAGAUCCAGAAGCUGAAGGACCAGGUGCAGGAGAUGCAUCGCGACCUGACCAAGCACCACUCCCUGGUCAACACCGACACCAUCGGGGACGUCCUGCACAAAUCCCUGCAGAUGGACGGGCAGAUCGCCUCCGAGUACGCCUCUGUGGAGAUGAUGCGCGCCAUGUUCGAGGAGAUUUGGGAAGAGACUUUUCAGAGGGUUGCAAACGAACAAGAGAUUUAUGAAGCUCAGCUCCACGACCUGGUGCAGCUCAGGCAGGAGAACACCUACCUGACCACCAUCACCAAGCAGAUCAGUCCCUACAUCCGCUCCAUCGCCAAGGUCAAGGAGCGCCUCGAACCCAGGCUGAAGGAGUCCAAGGAGCUGAAGGAUGACCGGACAGAGACCAUGCUGCACAUCUAUGAUGACAGUGCAGCGUGCAGCGAGGCUCAGCACAGAAACGACCUGACGUGCGGCGCCGACGAAUGCCGGGACAAAACGGCGGAGAACCGAGAGAAGAUAAUCGACAACCGCUCUCUGAACAUCCUGUCGGAGGAGUCGGCGCUGAAGACGAAAGACUAUUACCGCUCGGGGAAGCAGAAAAACAGCGGAGACCCCCCCGGCAGAAAAGAACUGCCCGUCUAACGGAGACGCAAACCCCCUUCCUGUCCUUCAGCAGAGACACGCAGCCAUCGUCGACACGCGGGAAGGGACAGACUUUUACUAGCAUCUUUCUUUGAGGGGGCAAAAAGAAAUCCAGCGGACGCAAGUCUCAUCACAUGACGGAAUAUACGGAUGCUUUAGGAUGAAGGGCUGCUCCCUUGGGAGCUGCGAAACAGCCGUGCGCUCCUGAUACUGCGAAAGUCACCCAGUGGAACUCCUGGCAUCGUUCUGUAGACCUGCUCUUGGGUGAACAGCCCAGGGUAGAAUCCUGCUUGUUAAUUUGCCUCUCAGUAACGGUAUUAAUGGCGUUGCCACUAGGUUUCAGGCGGGCGUUUGCGUUGAAGAAGCGAACAGGAUCUUGGAAGAUAUACCCAAGGAAGCGAGCAGAUGUCGGGACUGAAGGACAGUACAGUAUUGCAGUACUCUUCUGAAGAGGCGGGGUUUAGAUAUCUUUAGUCUGCAUUUGUUUAAGCAGAAUUCUGAUAAAAGGUCAAAAUGUUCUUUAAAUCACUAUAGUAACUUAUUCUAAAGUAUAGAGUUUUCUAUAGGCUGUAAUGUAUCACAAUUACUGUAUUGUUUGCUGUAACACAUAUAUGUUAGUACUUCAGUACUGAGGACUUUACUGAACUGAACUCCCAGUACAGAUUUAUUUUUUUAGGUAAAAGAUGUGCAAUAUUAUCCAUAUAUAAUUUUAAAUCCA